AUGCCCGACCUCCGCCCCAUCUGGAAACGCAUAGCGACCGCGCUCGUAGCGCAGCAGGAGCACAUGGACUUUAUGGUCGGACCGGUCGCUGACGGCGCCGCGCGCCAGGCCCGCGCGUGGUCCCUCUGGUCCGCGGCGUGGGUUACGCACAACGAGGGCGACGGGUCCAGGGGGUACGCUACGCGCAUGUUUUUGCGCCAUGCCAUCGGGCAGGGGUUUGACAUCGACGAGAUUUCGCAGGAGGAUGAGGUUGCGCGGAAGUGGAAGGAUGAGGCUUAUGUGCUCGAGGAUGAGGCAGCCGCCGCCGUCGCGGCCAACGAGUUCGACACGUCCCCCGACGCCAUGUCCCGCGACGCGCAGGUACGCAUGCUCGGCAACAUCAUCAUGGGGCAGAUGGGCGAGCUGUUCCGCGCCAAGGGGGAAGCGUUCGCGGGUGGCAUGUAG